AUGCCGGUUAACGCAUCAACAUCCACAUUCAGGUGGUGCCGUAAUGAAAUCGGACCGAUAUUUCGUGGAGUGCAAUUGAUUUUCCGCAGUCAGCUUGGUUAUGAAGGUAGAAGACUCGAAGAAGAUUUCAAUAAAGCGUGUCUACGUAAAGCAGUUAUGGGAGGGACUGUGAUCGAUCCCUUAGAUCCCCAAAACUCGUCAUCGUCAACAAAAUUGGUUGAAACUACUAGGGAUAUCCUACAACGGGCUAACACUGUUGCUGUUGGAAUUCGAACAUUUGCAGAACUAGCAUCUCAGGGCGUUUUUCCUGGAGACGGUGGCUACACUGUAUCACCUACUGGUGAGAAAAUCUGCGCUUCUCAACGGGAUUUCAGCAGUAGCAUAAUCUCUGAGCUUAAAAAAGUGGCUGAGUUAGUCUCAAAAGGAGUGCUUUCGUUACCUAAUCUCCCAUUACCCAGUCUUCAACGGCUUGGAUCAAUAGCACAAGACAAGGAUCGUUUUGAGGGUUCAGAAUCCACGGACUCGAAGAAUACCUCGAAGACGACAACCGAUGCAUUACUAGACAAUGGUCUUACGCCAGAAGAAAAGGAAUUUCUUAUAAAUGCAGCGAAAUCUGUUGGUGAUAUGGAGGCGGAGAAGAAGAUUUUUGUCAAGCCGAGUGUCGUCUAUAGACCUAAGCUUCCAAUCAAUUAUAGUGUCAGAUAUGGUGAAACUACGGAUGCAUUGUUGAAAAGUAGAGAAACCAGGGUCCCAUCAACGAGAAUCGGCCGGCUCGCAUCAUUCGGAAGAUUGGCAGUUGGGCUCGCUGGCGGUGCUGCAGCUGAGGUUACUCGUAGGACAUUGUCGUUUGGUGGCUCACAGUUUGCCGAAGGACUAUCUCGAAACCCUUUUCUUUCUUCCGCAAACGCUGAUCGCAUCGUCCAGACUUUAUGUCGGGUUUGUGAUAUCUGGCAACUGUUUUGGAUUUCUGUUCUAUCAUUAUUACGGCACGAGAUAUCCAGAUGUUUUCAAUACAAGAUCCUGAUACUCGAGUUCGGCAAAGUGCAGAUUUCAUGCCCAGACGUGGAGAAACAAAUGGUUGCAUCGUUUGGUGCAGAUUGGAAAGCGCGUUUCUCUUCAUUCGAAGAUCGUCCAUUUGCAGCGGCUUCUAUAGGACAGGUUCAUCGAGCUGUUCUGUUAGAUGGACGAAAAGUGGCCGUGAAAAUCCAGUAUCCUGGAGUUGCAGAACGGAUCUCUUGUUUAGGAAUUGAUUCGGAUAUUAAUAACCUUGUUUCUAUAUUAUCAGUAGGAGGUAUUUUCCCUAAAGGACUAUUCUUGGAGAAGUUCGUGGAGGUCGCACGUAAAGAGCUUGCUGAGGAAUGUGACUACAUGAGAGAGGCUCGGGCUAUGCAGAAGUUCCGUGAGCUUCUUGCUGAUUCAGAAGACUUCUAUGUACCCGAGGUUUGUUGUCUUACAACGGACCGCGUCAUAACAGCUGAACACAUUAUCGGAGAAUCUGUUGACAAAUGCGUGAAUGAGCCGCAAGUUGUUCGCGACUACAUUGCUGGAAAGUUCAUUGAAUUGUGUCUUCGUGAGAUAUUUGUUUGGAGGUUUAUGCAAACAGAUCCGAAUUGGUCGAAUUUCUUCUUGGGAGUCCAUCCAGUUUCGGGUGGUCCGCGUAUGGUUUUGCUAGAUUUUGGAGCAUCUCGCUCAUACAACAAGAAGUUCGUUGACCGCUAUAUGAAACUAAUCAAAGCAGCGUCAGAUGGGGACACUCGGAAGAUAAUUGAGAUGUCGCGAGAGAUCGGUUUUUUAACUGGUUACGAGUCAUCUGCAAUGGAAAGCGCUCAUGUAGAAUCAGUUUUGAUUAUGGGAGAGACGUUGACAAGCAGUCAUCCAUAUGACUUUUCUCGACAGAGCGUUACACAGCGUAUACAUAAGCUCAUACCUGUCAUGUUAGAACACAGAUUAACAUCACCUCCCGAAGAGAUCUAUUCGUUACAUCGCAAACUUUCUGGCUCGUACCUAUUAGCGACAAAGUUGAGGGCAGUCGUUUCAUGUGGUGGUCUUUUUAACGAAAUUUACGAUAGAUACAUGUUUAAUGAGGACGGAAAUGACAUCAACAUCGAUAGACCGGCAGAAUAUUCAGAAAGGGCUUCGUAA